CGUGGCCCAGAGGCUGGACGCCGUCUGCUUUGUCGGGACCAUCGAUGCUGCGACUUUCGGCGAGCCAGCUGCUAAUUUCCUAAACAUUACGGAGGCUAUUCUCGCUCUUCGGUAGUUAUUAGGCGCCGUGGGGCUUCUUUUAAAGCCGCAGUUCGCUCUUGUUUGUCGGUUCGGACGCUUCAGACGACACAAGUCCGGAGCUGCUGUAUAUAAACACAACGAGCUGCUUUUUAAGGUGGCACGUCAGGAGGUGGGGGAGCCACUGGAACAAUAACAACAGUCCGGUCCUGAUAAGUUAGCUAACUUCGUGUUAGACAGCCGAACUGACGGGCAUGGAAGUUGUCGUGCGACUUUGUUAGGAGCCGGACUCCAAAAACGUCGUCGAACAUGAGAGAGGAGGACGGUUUGUUGUCAGGAAGGCAGCCCGUGGACAGCGAGAGACGGGGCGAACAUCCCUGCAGCUGCCAGCCCUGGUCGGAGGAGAGAGGAGCCGCUAGCCAGAAGGACCCGAGGCCUCCUGGUCGUCUGUCCCGGUCUUAGUGGGGAUCAAAUCGGACGUUUGGCUCAGGAUGGAGACGGUGGGCAAAUUCGAGUUCAGUCGGAAGGACCUCAUAGGACAUGGCGCAUUUGCUGUCGUCUUCAAAGGCAGACACAGAGAGAAACAUGACUGGGAGGUGGCAGUGAAAUGCAUAAACAAGAAGAACUUGGCCAAAUCUCAGACACUACUGGGGAAAGAGAUCAAAAUACUGAAGGAACUCAAGCAUGAGAACAUUGUUGCGUUAUUGGACUUUCAGGAAACUGCCAGCUCAGUGUACCUGGUAAUGGAGUACUGCAACGGUGGCGAUCUUGCUGACUACUUACACUCCAAAGGCACACUGAGCGAGGACACUAUUCGGGUUUUCCUGCAGCAGAUUGCAGGCGCUAUGAGGGUCCUACAGGCCAAAGGAAUAAUUCACCGGGACCUCAAACCCCAGAACAUUCUGCUGUCGUACCCACCAGGACGCAAGUCGCACUCUAACAACACUUGCAUCAAGAUUGCGGACUUUGGCUUUGCCAGGUACCUUCAGAACAACAUGAUGGCGGCAACACUCUGCGGCUCUCCUAUGUACAUGGCUCCUGAAGUAAUCAUGUCCCAGAACUAUGAUGCCAAGGCUGACUUGUGGAGUAUAGGAACCAUAGUGUUUCAGUGUCUGACUGGGAAGGCUCCUUUCCAGGCCAGCAGUCCCCAGGACCUCCGGCUGUUCUAUGAGAAAAACAAGAAUCUCAGCCCCAACAUCCCCAGAGAGACUUCCAGCCAUCUGAGGAACCUGCUGCUGGGUUUGCUUCAGCGCAACCACAAGGACCGCAUGGACUUUGAUGAGUUUUUUUGUCAUCCUUUCCUGGAGGCGAGCUCAUCCAUGAAAAAGACGACUCCUACUGUGACCAUGACCUGUUUGCCCAGCUCUGCAUCAGCCAGCUCCUGUAGCAGCUCUUCCACCUCCCACCUCGCCUCGCCACCGCAGCAGUCUCUUGCUGAGACUCAGCAUUUGCGUGCCAAAGCUCUGGCCUCCCCGACCCAGGAGGCCGCCGGUUUUCUCCUCAAGGACUCGUCUGGAGGUGGCGGCAGCAGCAAGAACUCCUCCUCCUGUGACACGGACGACUUUGUUAUGGUGCCUGCUCACUUCACCACGGGUGAGCUGACAUGUGAGAGUAAAGUGCUGCAGGACAGCCUGAUGAACAGUGGCUCUCUCCUGGCUUCUGCUGGUCUGUGUAGUCAAGCCAAAACACCACCGCAGUCACCGACCUACAGCGGAUCUCCAAGUCCUGUCAGGCCCGGCGAGUUUUCGGGAAGUAACUACAGCGGUAGCUAUGGAAACCACGGCCAGUCAUUGCCUAUCCCAGUCCCCUCUCAGGUCCAGAACUACCAGCGCAUGGAGCAGAACCUCCACUCUACCAAACAGGACGGCUCACCACAGCUGUCGACACCAGUGCGCCGCUGCAGCAGUGGAAGCUUGUUGGGCUUCGCUAGAACCGGACCCUCACCACCAUACGGGCAGGGAGCGGUCACCACCAACCGCAGGCUCUCCCUGGGAGGCGCCAGACCUUUCCAGCUCUCUCCUCAAGCUCCGCAGCACACGGAGCCCAGGCUCAUUUCACAGCAGCACCCACAGGCGAUGGGACUCGGCACGCGGCUCCACAGUGCCCCCUGUCUGCUGGAGUGCGCUAGUGGUGGCGGCAGGCAGAAAAUCAGGAAGCAGCAUUCAGACCCAGUAGUCGCCCCCUCCACAGGACUGAUGGCUGUCCGGCCUCUUCACUCCUCCCCCAGACUGAGUGAGCUGAUGCAGCGUAGCCCCCUUCCCACAAUCCUCGGCUCCCCCUCCAGGACCAUCUCUCCAUUUGAAUUUCCCAAGCCCCCCAGCUCUCCCAACCUUAUGACCUUCCUGACACAGAAGGGUUUGGUCCUCGGCUCCCCUUGCAGGACUGCUCCAGGAGAGCUCAGAGAUCUGGGACAUCAAGCCCCCGCACCAGUCAGCCAUCCCGCCCAGUGCAUCCAUAGAUUGAAUGAUGAUACCAAGGGCUUUGGAAGGUCUCAGAGUGCCGGCCGUCUGUCUGACAUGCUACUGAUGGCUGCGUUCGGUCCAGGUCGACCUGUGAGUGACCGAGGCAGCAACGAGAACCUGACCUCGGAAAAAGCCAUAGACAUAGCAGGGCCCCCCAGUGGUGGGGGAGGAUUUGCACCUGGCUCCUGCAGCCCAGCACAGGUGGUGUUCACUGUGGGCUCUCCACCCAGCGGCAACACCCCACCUCAUACCUCCAGACAGAGGAAAUACUCAGGCUCGUUCACUUCAGUCAGUCCUGCAGGCUCCUUCACCAGCCGCUACCCCCAGGCAGGCACCUAUCUGGAUGGCUUUGAGGCUCCCUCCAGCCCUCGUUACAGCUUCACCGAUCCUAUCACAGCCAACAUGGGCGGUCCUGUAACCUUUGAGGCUCCCGAGCUGCCUGAGGAGACGCUGAUGGAGCAGGAGCAUACAGACACCGUGCAGAGCCUGCGUUUCACGUUGGAUUUCGCCCGCUGUCUGAUGGAGGUGGCUGGAGCUCGAGGCGCUGUGAUCGCAGGGGAGCAGGUGGACCUUUCUCACGCCUCCCUCCUUCAGCAGCACAGCCUGGUGGCAGAUCAGAUCAGCUCACUGAGCCGAGAGUGGAGCCAUGCAGAACAGCUGGUUCUCUACCUAAAGACUGCAGAACUCCUGUCCACUGCCUUACACACAGCCAUGGAGCGAGUCAAACAGGGCAAACUCUACCCGUCUGCUACCGUCAAACAAGUGGUGAAAAGGCUGAAUGAGCUGUACAAGUCCAGCGUGGCGUCCUGUCGCUCUCUCAACACCCGUCUGGAGCACUUCUUCACCAGGAAACACCGUCUGAUGGACCAGAUCACCUCCAUCACAGCUGAACGGCUGCUCUUCAGCCACACUGUUCAGAUGGUUCAGGCUGCUGCGUUGGACGAGAUGUUCCACCAGGGGGAAGCGUCGAUCCUGCGCUACCACAAAGCUCUGCUGCUCAUGGAGGGUUUGUCUCUGCUGCUCACUGAACAGGACGACAUCCUCAGUGUUAGCAAAUGUAAGGAGUGCAUCGAGCGUCGCCUCACAGCUUUGCAGUCAGGACUCUGUGUUUGACUGUCCUGCACUUUCUCUCCGAGUGUGGAUAUGAUGUCAUUUGCACUCAGCGCAUCACUAAUGAACCAAACCUACGCCUCCGUCUCGUGGUUUUCACUUAGAAAUGCUUCUAGUUUUCACGAGAAAACCACACAGCUUUAGAUUCACUGAAACUCCAGGGCUGAGCUGUGAGAGUAUUUCCACUCGUCGACACUAAACUCGGACCGGUGUUGGACACGGUGCGGACUGAAAAUGCCAAGAAGAUUCUCCUCAUCAGGCGCAACACAUGCAGGAGCAAUCAUUGCCAAGUAGCCACAUAGAGGACUCAUCUAUACAUAAACAGCUUUUUAAGAUCAACACAUUCACGCUAGGACUUUGCAACAAGGAGCUCUAUAGACAAAACUUUAAUCUUUUACCAAGAUCUGAAGCUGGAGAUGUGCAGAACCUGCUGCACGCCUACAGGAGGACACGAGAAAGGCUGGGAAUGGCCAUUUAUCAUUCUCAUCAAAUGUCUGUCUGUCUUACACCUAAUUUUUUCCCCUCCGUGGCUUAUAUUUUUCCUGGGUUUUACUCUUAUUUAAUUGCGCUCGCUGACAGUGGAGAUUAUUGCUGCAGUUGGUGAGCAGAAGUGCGUAGAAGCACUAUUACAAAACUGUUGCCAAAUUGACCUUAAAAAGUGGUUUUGUUUUCGUGUGAUGUUUUAUUUUAGACUCACUGUACGUUACCAUACUGGUUUAGCAAAAAUGAAACCCUGUUCGACACUUUACUCAUUCUAUAUUUGCUUAAUAUCAAAGAGCGCGUCCUUUAAUCAACACCAUGUGGUGCAGAAAGCGUCGCUUUGAUGUGAUGAGUGCUGAUAAGUGGCUGCUGUUGAAGCAGCAGGAAGAAAAUGGGUCCAGACAGCAUUCAUUACCCCAAUGCUACGUUUAAUAUAGAUUUAAAUCCAGAGGUCUCACAAUCACGUUAAAAAUGCUGCGUUAACCUGAGGUGUGUUCUUCAGGUGGACAGGAGCUCACACGCUGCUGUUAGCUGGUCAAUUUCUUCACACCAUUCCACAUUUUAUCUUUUUUUUGUUUGUUUUGUUUUAUCUUUCAAUCCUGUCGGUGUUUAGCGAGUAUAAUCAAAUCUGAAUGUAGAAGAGAAACGGCAUUAAUGUUGGACUGAAUGUUAGAGAAGUAACAUUUAGGCUGAUCUUAAAGCUAAAGUCUGAAUGUUUUUGCACUGUUGAAGUACUGUAGAGAAGGAUGACAAGUGGAUCACGCUGAACACGCUUUUUGUAGAUGCUUAGAUUUGCUUAUUUAGAAGAGUUCUAGUGCAGUUUUAGUUGUUUUACAGUUACUGUCCAAACGGAAACAUGUGUUAGAUGUGAGAAUGUCGACGAAGAGAUGGUAUAAGCUAUAAAAUUUAAGAAAGAUUUCUAUAAGAAGUAAAAAAGAAAACGUUUCUUUACACUGAAAAAAAAGAUUUACAUUGUUUUGUGCUUUAUUUGAGAGUAGUGGAUUGUGUUUGGUUUUGGAGUGCUGGUUGAAAAUGUGUAUUUUACCUGAAAUAUUUGUGUGUUGUUGAUGUUGACUUUAGCCAUACAUCCUAACAACGUCCCCUAACUCAGUUGGAAACUGCAUCUCCUGCUUUGGUUGCUUUCAGAUAGGAGUUUGUGUGCAUGCAGGUGUGAAGUGUUUGAGGUGUUUAACGGGCAGCGAGAUUCGUUGAGAAGCCCUAGCAAGAUGUGACUUUGAUUUGAUUGACUUCAGGUAGACCUCCACUGAAAACUAAGGGCUCCUCUGUUCCUUUUUCCAGGUUCACUUUCCUUCCUCUAAGGCAGGGGUGUCAAACUGAUCUCAGUUCAGGUUCCACAUUCAGCCCAGUUUGAUCUCCAGUGGACCGGACCAGUAAAAUCAGAGCAUAAUAACCUGUAAAUAACUACAACUCCAAAUUUUGUCUUUGUUUUAGUGCAAAAAAGUACAUUCUGAAAAUGUUCACAUUUAAGGAAUUAUUUUUUUUACAAAACAUUAUGAACAACCUGAAAUUUCUGAAGAAAAAUAUUCAGUUUGAAAUCAAAAUGACAGAAGUCAGACAAAAAAGAUUACAAAAACAAGACAAAAUAUUCCAGAAAUGUGAUGUAAAAUGACAAAAGGGACAAAAAAUGAGACAAGACAUGAAACAAAACAAAAAGGAGUCAAAAAAUUAAACAAAUGACACAAACGAGACGAAAAAUGACAAAAGCGAGAAACAAAACAAUAAAAAAACAAACAACACAAGCGAGACAAAAAAUAUACAAAACACCAGAAACGACAUGCAAAGCAACGAAUAAAGCAAAACACAAAAUGUCAAAAGUAAGACAAAAAAUUAACACAAGUGACAAAAACAACAAAAACAGGACAAAAUAUUACAAAAACAAGACACAAAACAGCAAAAGCAAGAAACAAAAUGACAAAAAAAACUGAGACAAAUGACAAAACAGACAAGAAAUCAGACCAAAAAAUUACCAAGCGACAAAAAAAUUUGACAAAUGACACAAGCGAGACAAAAAGACACCAAACGACAAAAAUGACACAAAAAAAACCAAAACGAGACACAAAAUGACAAAGUGAGCAAUAUGGUAUUUUACUUUAUGAUCAAAACAACUUGUCAUGGUCUAGAAAUUAUUUUAAAUUUAUAGUUUUACUAAUUUACAAUCUGCAGAUAAUUUCUUCUCUGGAAUUUUUACACUUUGAGGGCCGGAUUGGACCCUCUGGAGGACCGCUUUUGACCCACGGGCCGCAUGUUUGACACCUCUGCUCUAAGGUGUUACUUCCUCAGCAUUUUUCAAGUUAAUUAAGAUGGUGAAUAAGUGUGUAUUUUCUGACAUGUGGCUGAGGAUAGUUUACGAUGAAGCCGGUCCAGUAGCACUGUCAGCGGGACAGACAGGAGGACAGAUUCACCUACAUGGUGUGUGUUUGCUUUGUUGCCUUUUUGUUUCGUUGGACGACUUUCUCUGAGGUUUUCUUAGAUAUAAGUUCGUUUGAGUGUACAUUCCUAAUACAAAUUCAUCCACAGGCUCUCUGUCUCUGCACGUGCUGCUCUGUUCAGUUAGUAAUGUGACGUCUUUGAAGAAACAGGUAGCAGAAAGUUCCAGCCCCUUUAUAAAAGCUGAUGCAUGCGUCACUUUUCUAUUGUUUCAUACAAUCAUUGCUGUCGGCCAUCCUAAUUAGAAUCCUAUCGGAAUAAGACGAUUUGUGCAAAAGCUGGGAUAACUAAAGAGUGCGGUGGUAGAUUACAGCAGGUUGGUGCAGGAAGUAGGGAGGUAGCGCCCUAAUACAAGUUUUGAAGUAUCGCAACAUGAGGUGUAACCAUCAUAAAGAUUAGGCGUUGUGCACUCCAGUGAGAGAUCUGUCACUCAUUUGGAUUAUUGUUUUUGUAUGUUUGCUGAAAACACACCAGUGUUUUCAUUUUUGCAUUUUCAUUUUAUUAAUUCUGUGUCAGCCUACCUGUAAAUAUUGUAAAUUAAGUUAUUGUUGUUAUUGUGUGUGUGUGUGUGUGUGUGUGUGUGUGUAUAUCUAUAUAUAUAUACCGCAGUGCAGGCAUGGAGAGAACAGCACCACACCACCUACACAUUUCCAAAGACUAGGCCUUCUGCUUGAUCUUCCAUAUUGUCUCUUAUUGUCGCAAAAGCGUUUUAAUGUCGUCAUAUCCAUAGCAGACACUAUCUCAGUGUCCCUGUGUGUGAUGUAACCUUUACUGUUUUACUGUUGGGGCGCUGCAUCAUGAAUAAAGUGAAAGGAAAGGUCA